GAAAUUUAAAAUUCCCGCACAACUUUGCUCUCUGUCUCUCAAUCGAAAGCAAGAACAAGAAGAUGGACCAGUUUAUUCGUAAGGCAUUGGAGGGUGAUCUCUUCUGGUAUGAGAAUCCUCCAGUUCUGAAUACCAGUGCCUUUGUGCCUUACAGUGAAGUUCCUCAAUCAGGCAAGCCUCGGAAUUUAGGGUCUAAUUCCAUGAACAUGAACAAGAGGAUGCUCCAGUUCUUGCAGACGAGUCGUCCACCUUCGACAGAUGAUGUCGACAUCGGAGAGAAGGAGCACGGCAGGGAAAAGGGUUUUCGCCACAUGAUCAAUGAGCGAAUGAGGAGGGAGAAGCAGAAGCAGAGCUACUUUGCCUUGCGUUCUUUGCUGCCCAAUGGAACAAAGAGUGAUAAGAAUUGGAUUGUGCAAGUAGCGACCACGAACAUUGAGCAGCUGGAGAGGCAAAAGGAGGAGCUGAGAAAGCGAAACAUGGAGCUUGAAUGGAUUUUGGGCAAAGAGAGAUCAGUAAAAUGGAGCAAAAUUAGAUUGCGGGUGGCCAACCCUACUUCAGGAGUUGAUUCUAUGAUAGAGGUUCUAAAGUGCUUGACAAGUUUGGGAUUGAAGACCAGGAAUAUUCAAUCAAAUUUCUGUCCCUAUGAGUUUUCUGCAGAAGUGGAAAUUGAAUCCAAGAUCGGAGCUAGUGUGGUAGAAGCGGCAAUGCAAGAGACACUAUAUGAAGUUGAGAGGAAACUUCAAUCUUCAUUUCCAGGAAGCAGGUAAAUUAAGCGAACAGGAGAUUGUUCUGGCUAGGCAGCUUCAUUGGAACCACUCUGGAUACUUAUGGAGUUAUAUAAACAUUGUUAAUUGGUGAAAUGAGCACAAUUAUCAUGUGGAAAAUUAAUGGGUCGAUCAAAAAUUUUCUCAUGCAUAGGCUUGACGAUUUUCAACCAUAUUUAUGGCACGAAUUUGACUUGACUACUAUAUUCCUGCCGGUCCCUUUCACCUGGUUAUUAUCUAGUGACCAUGGGAAAUCUGUACGAUCACCAUUAGAUUAAACUCAUUUUAAUCUAAGGAUCGAGUUAAAUUUAAUUAAAAUAUAUUGUUUUGUAGUUGUUAAUUACUAUAUUCUAUCCAUCCAA